CGGGUCGAUUGUCGGAACCAGGUAUUCCCUUCCAUUCCCAGACGUCGAUCAGCCAUGACAACGAAAGACUUCAAUCAGGAUAGCUGCACUCGCAUUUACGCUGUUGGUCCAUCGUCGACAGGAAAGUCGACAUUGUGCACCGCCCUUGCAAAGAAGUUAGAUCUGCACGGCCCCGCAUACAUCACGGAGGUGGCACGCACUGUCAUCAAGGAACGAGGGUUCACGAAGGCGCACAUAGGUCUGCUAGAGAUGCAAGAGGCCAUCAUGGACGCGCAGAUAGAUCGCGAGAGAGAGACUCGAGGAUCUUAUCCUGUGCAGGUAUUUGAUCGGUCGGCGGUGGAUCCGAUUGUCUACGCCGUGUUGACUGGAGCGUCAGACCUUGAUGGGAAGGAGCGAUCGGAGAGCCUGUCGAAGAAGGAUAACUUCCAAGAGACCCUCGCAGAAUAUAUGAAAUUGUCCUCCAUCUUUUUUCUCCUAGCUCCGGUGGAAGAGUGGUUGGUGGAUGAUGGUACGAGGCAUUUAGAUAACGGUAAAGAAUGCUUUGGCAUUUUCGAGCGGGUCUUGUCAGGUUUAGGGAUUUCAUAUUCCGUUAUAGGAGAGAACGUGAAGGACUUAAAUGAUAGAGUCUCUUUAGUUCUUGAUAGAGCUCGCUUGCAGUAGAUAAACGCGUAAUUACGAAGAUGGCGUGAAUUAUACCUAAAGCAAUUGACACGAACUAGGCUGAGUCUCACCAAGAUAAUAUCCACAAUAAUAGACACAAAUUGUCUGAGU